ACUGUAUCAUUUCCUGCUGGCCAAGAGAAACAAAAAUCUGAAUUUGUAAUUUGCAUGCCAGCUCGAUGUGGGCAGUUUUUCAGAUAGGGAAGUAUUCUGAUUGCAAUCUGAGGGUUCAUGUGGACAGCAGAUUCUGUAUAAAAACCAAGACGGCCCAGCAGUGAGACACGGUAGUGGAAAGGAAAGACUCGUGCACAAGAAGCUCCAAGUCUUCAAUAAACUCCAGUUCUUCGAUCAGCCAUGCUCGCCUUUCUCGUCUGCGCUGCUCUGCUGGUUGGAGCUGAGGUGUCUGCUCAGAGUUGUGGGAUCGCAGCGUAUUCCCAGAUCCGCGUGGUGAACGGCGUGGAGGCUCGCGCCAACUCCUGGCCUUGGCAGGCGCUCGUGCAGAGGUACUCUGGAGGAAGAUGGGUCAACUACUGUGGAGGAACCCUCAUUGAUAGUCAAUGGGUGCUUUCCUCUGCGAGCUGCUACACGAGUGGCUACAGCUACAGGGUGGUGCUGGGAAAGCACAGUGUGUCCACAACCGAGUCGGGGCAAGUAACACCUGCAUUGAGCCUGAUCGCCUGGCAUAGCUACUGGAAUCCCAGCAUCCCGGCCAAUGGGUACGACAUCGCCAUGUUCAAGAUUGCGUCGCCCGUGGCUCUUUCCAGCAAGGUGCGCUUCGCCUGCCUGCCCAGCGCCAACCAGAUACUGCCCAACAACUACCCGUGCUACGUUACAGGCUGGGGAUCCCUUUCCACCAGCGGCCCCUUCCCCAGCGAGCUGCAGCAGGCCAGCCUGCCCGUGGUGGACUACGCGACGUGCAGCCAGGCCAGCUGGUGGGGGAGCAGCCUGAGGAGCAGCGUGAUCUGCGCGGGGGGCAGCACCCGCUCUGCGUGCUAUGGUGAUGGAGGUGGCCCGCUGAACUGCCAGCGGUCGGACAAUGCCUGGGUGGUGCAGGGAAUCUCCAGCUACGUCUCAUCUCUGGGCUGCAACACGAUUCGCAAGCCCACCGUGUUCACCCGUGUGUCAGCCUACAACAGCUGGAUCAGCAACGUCAUGAGCGUGUACCGUGAAGCCCCAAAGCUCGCCGAUGGAGAGCAGCGCGUCAAUAGCGGAGCCAAUGCCACAAUUGCUGCAUUCAGGCAGCCACAGGAGUAAAGCUAUAUGCUCUUUACAGCAAUGCUACAACUAACCCUAGAAAUACAAUUUAUUGCUAUGGGUAUUUAGUUUUAAUGUUGGACUGGGCAUGUGGUUCAAUGCAGUGAGUUUGUGUGGUCACAUUGCUAUACAUGUCAUCACCUAUGAUAGUAAAUGCUGCUCAUGUGACCACUGUCAAAAAGACUGACUCCAUUUUGCAUGAAUACCGGAUAUUAAGUAGUUAUCUUUGUAUUUUGUGACAAAAGAAAGUGGCAAUAAAACCAGCAUGCAUACUGGAUCAUGAAGUGCCAUUUAUAUCACUUGAGAAGUUAUUGAUUGAAUCUGAAAUAUUAGGAUGAGGCCGAGGCAGCAUGAGUUCAAUUUCAUCCAUUGUCAUAGUUUAGUAGGGAAUGGAACAUCAUGUGUUAUUGUGGGACGACAGCUGAUUCAGGGCGAUGCGAUUUUGGCUUGGUGUAAAUGCAAUUUGGAGAACAAAUAAAGUACCUGGUUUGUUGAA